AUGGAGGCUGCCUCCAGUCCAGGCCUCUCGCCAACGGCUACAUCAACUCAUUCGAAGCUGCGUCUACCAGCAACAUGUGAGCCGCCCGGCGAGCAGAACCCGCCUAAACAGGCAGUGUGGGUAAUCUUCGGUGCAACAGGCCACAUAGGCCGCUCCCUCGUUCGCGCAGCCCUCUCCCACAACGACAAGGUAGUCGCCGUAGGCUGGACCGCCGAAAACACGCUGCCCAACUCCUCCUCCUCCUCCAGCAACCCGCACUCCCCGCACCUCCUCAACCUCCUCUGCGACGUCCGCCUCCCCGCCACCAUCUCCGCCGUCUACCAACGCACCCUCUCCACCUUCGGCCGCAUCGACAUCAUCGCAAACUGCGCCGGCUACGGCAUCAUCAGCGCGAUUGAAGACCAGACGGAGGCGGAUAUCCGCAACCAGUUCGAGACGAACUUCUGGGGCACCUUCCACAUCACCUCGUUAUCGUUGCCGAUCUUCCGCGCACAGGAGGCGGGGGGCAGGUAUCUGAUCUUCAGCUCUACGGCUGGCGCGCUGGGCGUGCCGGGACUGGGGCCGUACUGCGCGACCAAAUACGCUGUGGAAGGCCUGAUUGAGAGUCUGCUGUACGAGGUCGACUGCUACAACAUCAAAGCGACGCUCGUGGAGCCCGGACACGUGCGUCUUGACGAGCCCGAUGACACCAGCAGCGCGGGCGGCGGCGCGGGGUUUGGCGGCGAGGUGCGGCCGAAGCGGUAUGGGCACUUCUUCGUGAAGCCUGCGAGCAAGAUCUACGCUGGUGAGACGGCGCCGGCGGGACACGCGCGGCGGCUGGUGCGGUGGCUGAAUGACCGGCAGCCGACGAGCGCAGUCAAGAGCGCGGAACUGGUGUGGCAGCUGGGGCAUUGCUCGUUUCCACCGCUGAGGCUGCUGCUGGGAAGUUAUGCGGUUGAGAGUAUCAGGGAUCGGCUGAGAAGUAUUAUUGAGGAGAUCGAGGAUUGGAAGCAUCUCAGCUUUCCGAUUGCUGAUGAGGAGGAUGUGCCGGAUGUGCUAGAACCGCUGGGCCUGAUGAGAGAUGAAGCUGAUGAGGCUCCAGGAACCUGA